AUGACUGUUAAGCCAAACAGAUGGUUAAAGAUAAAGAAAGUCCGGAAAGAUGAUGCUGGCCUAUACACCUGUGUUGUCACGAACAAGUGUGGCGAGAAGAGUUCUGUUUCGAUGCACCUUUAUGUACGCGAACGUAAGUACCUUAUCAUAGUCAGAUCACUAAAUGGACAGACAAUCUUAUGCCUCUUGUUUUGGGGCAAAUACAGGUGUGAUCUUUAUUCAGACACUAAAUUAACCUUUUAAGCCCUAAGCGUGAUCAGCAUCAAAUUUCUCCUUGUAAUAUCAAUGCUUAUUGAAACAGAGUGGUCAUGAGAAUUACAGACAUCAUUACACAAGAUGAAUGUGCUUUAUAUAUUUUCAACUACCCCUCUACUUCUGUAGGAAAUGAAUAGGGGCUAUUCAUAUAAGAGUUCAAAUUUUGAUCUUAGGGUUUAAAGCGUUAAGAGGAAGCUAUAAAAAGAAGUGAUCUUUCCGUUCUUAGUCGUCUUACCCCGAUCUGGCUGCCAUCGAAAAAAGGAAACGGUGGUGUUGGGGUUGGCGGGGGGGGGGGGGGGUGUGGGGGGGGAAUUUUUUUUAAACGGCCCCUUUUUUUUUUUUUUUAUAAUUUUUUUUUGGAAUUUACUCCCUCGGAUAAUUUUUUUUUGUUUUUUUUUAGUUGUCUUUACACGGUACGGGGGGGAGAUUUUUAUAGAUAUGAUAGGUGAAAUGCUAUAUUAAAAAUUAAUUAGUAUUUUUUUUAACAGGAUAAAAGUAUAAGAUAAUGAAAAAAUGAAGGAUUUUGCUUUCCGGGUCCCGCGCUCCUCACCGGCCUUGUACGCCGUGUUAAAUAGGGGGUUGGGGGGUGGGGGGGGGGGGGGGGGGGGGGGCGGGUGUUGGGAGCGCAAUUUAAUUUAACAGUCCCUCUUUAUCUUUGUGUAAUAAUUUGUUUUACGAAUUAACUCACUGCGAUAAUUUUUCUUGGUUUGCUUUAAUAGUGCCUACACGCGAUCCGAGCAGGAAUUUAACGCCAGGUAAGAUUGAGGUGUUAGAGCACAGUUUUCCUUGAUUUGAGAUCUUAAGCGUGGAAAGAAACUUGACGAAUAAACUCUUAUGGAAUGUUUUUGUAAUAUAUUAAACACGAGGAGUGUUACCUCUGAUAUCCAAACAGAAAGAAAUGAAUCCGUUUAUGCGUACCAUACAUUCACCCGCAUGAUAGUGGAACCAGUUUUAAAUGGCACGCUUAUGAAGACAAUGGGCUUAAAGAAAGGAGGCCCGGAACCAAUAAUUAUACUGGGGUUUUGGACGGCCGGAAAAUUCGAAAAUUCUCGGAAAAUCCGAACGCUCGCCGUUAGUGUUGAGGCUCUCGGCGUCACACCUAUCUGCCAUUUGGUUUUAACGGAAGUGGAGACUCAGAUUUUAAAUGGAAGUGCCCAAGUGCGACUUGCAGGUGAAUUUAAUUUGUCGUUUUAAGGAUAACAGAUUCAAACGGUCGAUGCAAAAUCUGUUUAUAUUCCGCUGCGCUCACUUACGAGAUAACAACUUUGUUAAACACUUUUAGAUAAUUUCGUGCCCAUGUAUCAAGCAAAUUACCUAUGUAUUUUCCUAUUUUCAAACUGCCUUCACAGGGAUAACUAUCUCUGUUUUCUUAUCAUUUAAGAGUAUUUAGGAAACAGAUGUCAACUACAAUCGAACCUCCACGUGCGAUCACCUCCCAUAAGCGACCUCCUAUCUAUAUAAACUGACACCAAAACUUUCCCAGUGAAAGCCUUUAGUUGGAACCUCUCGUCAUAGACCACGUCCUGUAAGCGACCACGACAUCUUUUCGGGGCUUACGGUUGAAUAAUUUUCCAUUGUUUUUAACCUCCUUUGAGCGACCAUUUGACGCAUGAUCUGAUCUCUAUAGUAUGUUUGCUAUGAGCACCUCUCGUAAGCGACCACUGAGUCUUCGCAUUUUGGAUAGCCGCUUACGGGAGGUUUGAGUGUAUCGUCCUUGUCUUUUUGCAGCUGCUCCAAGGUUUACGGUACUGAAACGCAGGCUUCAACAAAAGCUGAUAGCCCUACCGGUCGGAAACUCGGUAAAACUUGACUGUUCCGCCGAUGGAUACCCUAAACCCAGGGUUGCAUGGUACAAGAAUGGAAAACCGUUUACUGAGAGAAAAGGUAGCUUUCUGUACUUGGAUUGGGAUUCAUAUGUGGUGGCUUUGAAGGAUGUGGUUCCGUCAGAUACUGGGAAAUACAGCUGUAAUGUCAGUAACCGUCUGGGUUGGAUAAAUCAUACAUACUACGUUGAUGUGCACGGUAAGGUCAUUGAUAUAAAACGCCUGGAAAAUGUAGUCUACGUCGCAGACGUAAGCUAACCUCGGUUAGUAACGUCUGCGAGGCAGUUCUGCGCCCCUAGUGGACUCAACGAAGUACCGGAAGUACGUUUCGAAUUCCCUUUCAUCUUAAUUGGCAAAUCGACAAUGGCAUUUUUAACAGGCCAAUCAUGGCGCAUACUCAAAUCCCAGUACACAGGUGGGGCCCAGAACAAGGAUAUCAGCGCUAUUUCACAAACGGGCUUCACCAGAAGUUUAGUUCCGUGUGUGGCGCAGGCUAGGAAAAUGAUGAAAGAGACUUUGGUUAAUUAUUUGUUAACCUCUCUAUUCCAUUCAGCUUAGCUCUUCAUUUCUUGUUGGAAUUAGAAUUGGCCAGAGAAGUUUCAAAUUUUAAGGCUGCUUGUUGGGUUCAAAGUGGUGUCAAGUUAAUAGAGAAAAUAGUGUUCUGGGGACUGGAAAUAAAAGUAUCCCUCAGUAAAGUAACAAUUCUGGGCAAUCGUUUCGAAGAGACACUCACUGUUGCUUACGCACAGACUUCUCCUGUUUCCUAGCCCUUUCUGUUUCAGUCAGCCUAGUUGGAGAUAUUUCAAGUUGUAAAGUCCCUGGAGACUGAAACUACAAAUUUAUCCCUGAAUGCCAACGCAGAACUUUGACAAUUCUUUCCGUAGCUUACAUACAGACGUCCCCUGUUUUAGGUAAUAGGCUGAUUUAGCAGCCGUAGGGGAACGUUAGUUGACGACAUGCGCGGGCAAAUCAAACAACUGGCUUGACUAUUUGAUUGGUACGUUUCGAUUCGUCUUUACUCACAGGUUUUUCAAUCUUCUUUUAUAAUAUCGGCGUAUCUGUUUUCUUCCUUCUUAGAACGAGUUCGUGCUAAGCCAGUGGUCCUUCCGAUGUCAAACGCUACAGUUUUUGUCGGCGAAAACGCGACUUUGAUAUGCAGGGCAUACAGUGACGCCAUGCCUCAUUUCCAGUGGCUCCGUUGGUUUCCUUUCCAUUCCAACAGCUCUGGUAAUGACACUGGUAGCAAGUAUGAAGUCAUACAGCGGAACCAGCAACAUUCCAUCAAUUACUACAGCAGGGGCAACAACAAGCACGAAUUCCAUGGAGUCACUUUAACUUUGGUCAACGUUACAAAGAAAGAAGAAGGAAGGUAUACGUGCAUUGUGGGGAAUGCAAUCGGUUAUUCUGUAACGCACGCUGACAUCAUCGUUCAAGAAAAACUGGGUAAGAUAGGUUCAAUGCUAAAAUGAAUACAUACCCUAAGUUAGUUCAAUGUUGUUGAUUUGAUAAUUAUAUUACCUAUAUUUACCUUCUUCUUAGUAUUCUUGUCAUUUAUGUACUCAAAUCACUUCGAAUUGUUUGUAAAUGGGUGUACUGAAUGUAAUUAAUAAGCCCCAUGGUUUUCUAUAGAGGCUGCACUGCCACCAGAAAUUUGUCAUUUUUUUUUCUUGGUGUUAAUGUCAUAAAUAAAUAAAGUAUAAGAUAUGGUUCCUACUUGUAAUGAAUCAUCCAACAAAAAAUAACGCUUUCAAGGUUAUGUUAGACUUAAUGGACAUAAAACCUGAAAGAAAAAAAAUGUAAUACACGCCAUGUUUUACUAUAUGCCUUCCCAACCGCUUCUGGUCGAAAUCGAAGUUAUCGUCCUACUCAUAUUCCAGGAAUUGAGGUAUCAAAGAAAAUUGCCAAAGUGAAGAAAUACUUAAACAAUUAAAUCUAAUGAACAGCACACGGCAGGAGGUAAACGAUGCAGAUGGCUAUUUUCAAGCGUGGCCUUGCGUUUAAAUCGUGACGUUUAAAAGUGAAAAACAACUCCAGUUGGUGAUCUCAGCGGCUUUAAACCAGACCUGCUUUCAAAGUGUGUUUUGCCUGCUAAGCGCCUUAUAGAGGGCGCUUCCGCGGAGGGGAAUUUACACACUUUGAUUCUGCGAUUAUUUUUUUUGCUUGGGGAAGACAGCAUGGCCGAGCUGUAAGUGCGUUGGACUUAUAAUCCGGAGUUCCUGAGUUCAAGUCCAGCCCUGAGUGCUAACUUGAUUUGCUCUGACUCGUUAGUCCCGUUUUCAAAUCCAAGCCUUCCUUUGUAAAAUAACCAAGUGCGGUUCGCCUUCUACCAGCUGUCCUGGGAUUCUUAACUUUGCUUUGUUUCAUUUGAAGUAUUUGUUUCAUUAUUCCUGGAGUGCUCCACAAAGGGAGAAGAUAAUUUAUUAUUUAAAUUGAAUUUAAAUUUUAACGCGCUGUAGCCUAUGUUCUCUGCUGAUAAGCAUGUAUUUGAUUUCAGAAACAACUGCGUCACCACCCGAAACAAAUGCGACCUUUUGGCAAGAUACAAAUGAAAAUCUUCGCCCAGCUGACGAAUCACCAAGACCUUUAUUAUCAUCAUCGUCAUCGAAGCGAAAAAUUCUUAUUGCAGUGUUGGUUGCUGCUAGCGUCGUGUUUAUAGUGCUGUUUGGGGUUGGCUUUUAUCUUUACCGGCGGAAGAUGAGAUUAGCAAAAGAAGCUAAAUACGGUCUCGUUAACAGUCCCAAGCCAAAUGAAAUCGCUGUGGAAUACAGGGCUCAUGACCCGUCCGUUGGCGGCUCCCUAUCUUCUUGCGGAUCAACCGCUCCACUGAUGCGGCAGCGAAGUCUACGCUCUAGACUGGGUUCUAACCUCACUCAGGUGUCCGAAGUGGAAAUGCCUCUGGACGAAAAAUGGGAGAUCGACAGAGAGAUAAUCAGCCUACAGGAAGUUCUUGGAGAGGGCGCGUUUGGCAGAGUCAUGAAGGCUGAGGUGUUAGGAAUGCCCAAUAUGCCCUUCAGAUUCAAUGUAGCGGUUAAAAUGCUUAAAGGUAAGUUUUGUAUUCUAGUAAUCACUGGAAAAUACACUUCCGCUUUCAUUGCGAGUUUUCUUAUGAUGAUCUUGUUAUAGAAUACGGCUUCUUUAAUUCUGUCCAAUACAACGAACGUGCGAUUCCGACAGAGAAUUCCUUUCCCGGCCGCGCGAACGUUCAGAUCGAUUGAACAAUAGUUUGUCCACGCAGAAGGGAGAUUAAUAGAGGUAUUAGGCUAUUGUUAGUCACACAUUCAUUGUAACCAAUGAAAUAGACUUCUGUUGAGCAUUUAGAAUAACAAUGAACGAUGUGACAGACCUAGAAACUUUCACUGUCACGAGAACAAUAGCCAUUUCUUCCGAUGGUCUUAAAAGUGGAGAGAUAUGUACACCCCACUGCAAAAGAGUGAGUUACAAUUUGUUGUUCAAGUUUCACACUGAUAGAAACUACUUGAUACCUUGUUUUAGUGGAGAGAAAAACAACGACAGCAACAAGAACAAAACUAACUGUCAUGCUUAUGCAUAUGUUGAUUUCAGAGGAUGCAACAGACCAGGAACUCACAGAUCUUGUAUCAGAGAUGGAGGUUAUGAAGACCAUUGGAAAACACAAGAACAUUAUCAAUUUGAUCGGAGCCUGCACUCAAGGAGGUUAGUUGACCGAGCAAACAUUUGUUGAUGAAUCAAUUAAAAACUGAAAAAUUGGUUGACUCGUGCUCGUGUGACUGCAAACAAGAUAAAAUCUAUCGUUAUCUGUCUUCUUUAACUCUUUGGCCCUAUAUAAGAACCUGUGUAUGGCAAAGACCUCAAAGCACCAUUAUUAAAUUCUGCUUUCUUUUUCUUCAAUCAUAGUUGUUAGUUUGGUUUGGGUACGUGCAUGUUGGUCUUUUGGACUACUGUACAACGUAACGUUCCAGACCGCUUUAACAUGAAAUAUUCAGAAACUAUCCAGUGCCAGUUCACAAAAUUAGACGUUCUUUUUAAAAGUACAGUCAAACCUCCAUGUGAGACCACCUCUCGUAAGCGACCAACCUCCCAUAAGCGACCAUCUAUCCAAAACACAUAAAAUUUCCAAGUCAAAGCCUUACAGUUGGAACCUCUAAUAAACGACGACCUCUGGCAAGUUACUGCGACCCCUUUCAGGGUGACGGUUUCAUAAAUUUCCAUUGUUUCCAGCCUCUAGUAAGAAACCACUGGACGUAGUGAUAUCCAUACUCGCUCUACUACAAGUACCCCGCUAUAGCAAGUAACUUACAAAAUUGCGUGCAAUAAGUUCUCUUCUUGCAAAAAGUAGAUAAUGUCUGGACCGCUUCUAAGUGACCUCUAUCUAAAUCUUGGCAUUUUGAGUGGUCGCUUACGGAAGUCUUGACUGUUGUGAAUUUUUAAAACGUUAAACUGUUAUUGUUGCUUUUUCCCUUCAGGUCCACUGUAUGUAGUUGUAGAAUUCGCUCCAAAUGGUAACUUAAGACAGUUCUUGAGGGAAAGGAGGCCAACCAGGGAAUACCCCACAACACUGACGCUAAUGGACCUAGUGUCCUUUUCGUAUCAGGUCUGCAGAGGAAUGGAAUAUCUUUCUUCGAGAAAGGUAUGUGUAAGCAGAUGUAGGAGUUUUUAGAUGACUGUAUGAGCAACGUAUGAUCGAUUUAGUAGGAGCUUCGAAUUAGUUCUGGUUCGAGUUAUUAAGGUAACAUUUUAGGAAAGGUACAUGUCUGAAGAAAAUACAGGAGAAAUCAAUUCUGUUUCGAGUUUGUGCUAGCUUCAACCGAGGCUUGGAAUUUCUGGGUGUUAACUGUUUACAUCAGUGGGGAAUCCAGAUUUUGAGAUAAGAAGUUGGGGCGGGGGAAGAUGGGGGUCCAUGCAUCACGACAGACAUUAUGAUUAUAUAAGCCGGACGCUUUUGAAUUUUCUUCACGGCCUGUGGGCCGAAGAGAGGAUUCAUCGGUUAAGGCCAACGUAAAAUAACAAGUCCUACUUUUUUUUAUUAGUGUAUUCAUCGUGAUCUUGCUGCCAGAAACAUUUUAGUUGGUGACGAUAAUACGAUGAAGAUUGCAGACUUUGGUCUGGCUAGAGAUGUGCAUCAAGUCGAUUAUUACAGAAAAACAACAGACGUAAGUAUUACAUAAUGAUGUUAACUUAAAACGCUCAAGGGUGGUAUCAUUUUUCCCACUAAAGAGGACACAUCUAUUUAAGUUUCACUCGUACUAAUUGCAGUAGGCAAUGAAAUUUCUUAAACUGAAAACAAAAACAUAAUUAUACAUCACCAACAGUAGUAAAAGAGGUUAUGUCACGCUAUUUUCUUUCUUUUUGUUAAAAAAAAAAAAAAACGAAAACGUUUCUUCGCAUCAAUUGAAUUCCAAAAAUAAUGGCUCAGUUUAAGACUAUAUUUGGGCAUUUAAAAUGGGUUUUAGCUAUGCUUGCAUAAAUCACCCCCAAAAAAUUAUUAUGAUUAGUUUUUUUAAUGAUGUUUUGUAUUUCUUCUUCGUAACUCUACAGUAGCAGUUUGUGUAUUGGUAAUAGCGUUAAGUCAUGACUUUGGCACAGAAUUGACCUAAAUCAGCAAUAGAUGAAAGAUGAUUUUUCAAUCAGUGACACACGCGGCUCGAUAGAAAAAACUCGAGUACUACCAAUAGGAGUCGAACCUCAUUCUCGUCCCCAGAGCCUGCUGGUGGCCUGAGAACGAAGACCAGGAGGCUCUGGGGGCACAGGAUUUGAAGUCCUAGAUUUUAGGACUUCCGGUCAUUUCCGGUUCCAAAGUAAGUUGGAGGAUUCUCUUUUAAAAGCGUUGAAUCACCUAAAUUUACAGUAAUCGACACUUCUACAAGAGAAAGUGGACGCUAUUUGAAACGUUUUAGAAAUCAGAAAUGAACGGAAGUCCUAAAAUCUAGGACUUCAAAUCCUGUGUCCCCAGAGCCUCCUAGUCCUCGUGCUCAGGCCCCCAGGAGGCUCUGGGGACAAGAAUGAAUCGAACCUAUGAACAUCUGAUUACCAGUCCAGAUGCUCUACCACUGAGCUACAGAAGAUUCUUUGGAGCUAAGUCACUAAACUAGGUUCAUGUGACAAACAUCCUCCAUAUUGCUAGUACUAGAAUGUCGAUAGGUGCUUGAUGCGCAAUCAUAAAAUGAUAAAGAUGUGGUAGUGAACCUAUGACCUUCUGGUUACUAGUCUAGAUCAAUGCUUUAUCACUAAGCUACAGGAGAUUCGUUUGAGCUAAGGCCACUAAACUAGGUUCAUGUGACAAGCAUCCUGUAUACUGCUAGGACUAGAAUGUCGGUUUGUGCUUAUGCGCAAUGAUAAAGAUGUGAUAGUGAAUUUUGACCUUGCUGAAUACACAAGAAAGAAGAUUUUUCAGUCAGUGACACAGGCUGCUCGGAAGAAAAAAUCCGCGUGACGUAGCUCCUUUAAAGAUUAGAAACUACUUCCCAAACACGGGACAGGGGCUCUCUCCACCGAGCUACUCCUGUAGAGCAAUUCCAUUUACCAAGUUCAUAUACGUCCUACAUGCUGGUAGAAUCAUCAGUGUUCUCAUUUAAAACUGAGGUUUAAAUUUGACCUUUAAACAAAUAUAAUGAUGAUGAUAUACCCAUUAUGUUAAUUUGGUGAUGUUUUUUAAAUUAGGGACGACUACCAGUGAAGUGGAUGGCCCUCGAAGCCCUCUUCGAUCGUGUCUAUACUACGCAAAGUGACGUGUAAGUACUUUGAAUUGUCGCUUGGUAAACUGUGUGGUGAGGCAGAAAACUGUUGUUGUUGUUGUUGUUUUGUUGUAGUGAACCUGUUAUAACCUUUACCCCUUUUAUUCCUACACCAUGUUAUGCCGGGAUGCUUUUUCACUCCAACUUUUCAAGCUGGGUACGAAAUUGUAUAUGUCACUAUUCAAAUAUCAACCUCUCCCAAAACGUUUGCAAAGUAACAUAAUUGAUUUCUUAGGAUUUUACGGCGAGAUAUUUGGAAUUUCUGCGAAAAAACAAAAGCUCAAAAAUUAGGAGUUUGAGAACAAAUCUCAAGCCGUUUUGUUAUUAAAAGUUACUCUUGGGUGAUAAUCUAGAGGCUAAAGCCUACGGGGGAUCAGUUCUCCCAACCUUUGUCCUGUCCUACCUCAGUAGAACUCAUAAAUAAAAACCUCGUUUUCGAAGUACAGUCGACUCUCUCUAAGACUGACACCUCUGGGACCAACUUUAUGUGUCUGUUUAGAGAGAUGCCCGUCUUACAGAAGAGAGUCAACUAAAAGGAGUAAACUAGGGACUAACUCUAGAUGUCCAUUUUAGUGGGGUGUCCGUCUUAUAGAGGUGUCCGUCAAGAGAGAGCUGACUGUAUAAGUAAUAACAAUCUCUGAUAUCCAAGUCAAAAGGUUUUUUUAAACAUGGUUCUUUUUUCUUUCAUCAGGUGGGCCUUUGGUAUACUUGUAUGGGAAAUAGUUACUUUUGGUACGUAUAUUCACGAGCUAAAGAAUAGCUCUAUCAUAUGUCGCAUAAAAAUAAAAAUGUCUUUCACUGCCGAAUCACCAGAAUACCCUCUUCCACUUUCUUUAAUGGUUAAUAGUCACACUUAAUUAACGUUUUUAUUGCGUUUUAUCUGUAAACUGUUACGUCUUUAACUGCCAAAUGCUCUUUUCUAGGAGGGUCACCAUAUCCUGGCGUUCCUUUGGAAAACCUGUUUGAACUUUUAAAAUCUGGAUACCGAAUGGAAAAGCCACUCAGUUGUCCAGAGAACAUGUGAGUAGCCAAUCCGGUUUCAAUUGUCAAUGCAUAAAAGUCUUCUUUUCUACGCUUUUGUGUCUAACGUUCACUUUGAACUUCGGAAUUGCAUUGUAAUUGGCGUAUUUCCUUAAGCGCACAAGCUCUAAUAAGCGUCCUCCCACGGAUUAGCGCCCACCCGUCGGUUUAACCCAGGGCGGAUAAAGGUUGGGCGGUGAAACGAGCGCUCCGCUCUUCAUUUAAUGUGUGAUGCGGAGUAGGACUGGCACGAGCGCUCUUUCCGCGCUUCCGGUGCGCUUGAAGGCCGGCGAAAUUUUCCUUUUUGGAAACCGGAAAUCCUAUUUUCUUUCUGUAAUUUCAGGCUACAGUGUUAAAUAGAUAAAUUCGUUUCAUAACAAUAUCAAUAAACAGUUUCAUAUGUUUGUGUCUGUACGUCUAUAAGUCAAACUUGUUGGUCGUGUAAUGCCAAAAUUUGAGUUUUAUUUGAAAGUGUUGAAUACCUUCCCCUUCCACUAAAUAUCACCUAAUCGUCUUUCACCGUUUCGUUUGCAAAAGCUUAACACUUCUUAACCUCAAUUUUUACAUAUGUUAAAGGGGGAUAAAUUUUAUAUAACAUAACAAAAAAUUAGAUUGAUAUAUAUUGAUAUAGUGGCGUUGCACUUCUUCAAACUUUGCUUCUCGGGUGCAACGCGCCAUGGCGAUUCGCGCAAUGCGUUGCAAAUCCGGCAACCGCAUGUAAACAAAAUCUAUUGAGGUUAGUUGUAAGGUUUUUUCGCCGUUUUUCUCUCUAAAACAAAACAAGGUAAACAGUAAAAACUGAGGGGAAACUAAUUUUGAAGUUUCGAAGUAAGAGAAAGACGUAUGAGAUGUUUUUUUCAAAAUUAAAAAGAAGGAUGAUGGUGAUUGAAAUUAGCAUAAUUUCACCUUGCACGAGCUGCACGCAUUUAUAAAAUACGCGUCAUCUACUGCUGCCUUUUAGUUUUGCCAGGGAUGACAUGGAUGAGAUUUUCCCUUGUGUUUUAGACAGUACUUAGUUGUUUUUGUUUUGGAAUAACAUCGACAUUGGCGAGUAGCAGAACGAAAAUAUAAUUCAGUGGUAGAGUCAUGGAAGUAAUAAAAGAAACCCUUUGAAAGAGAUGUUUGUCUACUCCAACUAAACCUCCCGCAAAAAAUAGCAACAUUUGCCUCUCGGAAGCGUACCAGAGGCGGUACGUAAGCACAGAGGAACGAGGAAGAAGUGCAAGAAAACAAAUCAAGCUGCCAUAAUUCAGUGAGAGCGGCAGUGUCUAAUGAACAAACCACAUCGCAAACCCUGACCGAAGUCGAAAACAAGCGACAUUUCUAAGCAGAGUCCCAGUCCACUGCAUCACACCUUUUUGCUCGGACGCGCUCGUUUCACCGCCCAACCUUUAUCCGCCCUGGUUUAACCAGUGCAAAUAAUAAGCCCUUCCCUCCCCACUUCUUCUUAGAAGAUGAUCUACAUAACGGAGGUAGCCGAAACUGACUAAUCUAAUCCGAAGCUGUCUUCCGAUAGCGAAGUGAACUGUAAAAAAAAACAAAAAAAAAAUUAAAAAAAAAAUAAAUAACGGGGCUCUGUUUUCGUAUUUUCAAAGUUUUUGGUUUUUACCUUAUUUUCUUAGGCAUGAAAUUAUGUUGAAAUGUUGGCAAGAGUUACCGAUGAAAAGACCUACAUUUGAGGAACUGGUCAAAGAGUUCGAUGCCAUGCUUGUGUCACUAUCAGAUAGUGUAAGUAGUAAACUGCUUUUCAUACGUCAAUCGAUCAUUUACGGUUGUGAGUUCAGUAACCUAGCCUUUGAGUGAAUGUGAGGCUGAGCGAGCGUUUAUAUGAGAAAAAGUUUACCCCUUUUCCCGAGCCAAAAGCGCUCGCAUGGUCUAAUUGUCUCGCCUUAACCGAGAUGACCCGGCUGGGCGAGCUAUUGUGCCGGUUUAUAUGGAGAACAGUUGGCCCGGCUUGGAGGGUGUACACCUCGUUUUACGUCUUAACCCACUCCCUUUCAUGUCUUUCAGUGCCGUUUCAACAACAAGAACAUCAUUUAUUGGCAAAAAUAAAAUAGAUUUUCUUCAUGUUCUCACCGCCAAUACGUUUACAAGAUAACCACGCUUUGCUCCGCCAGUCAAUUGACUUAAUUGACCGCCAAUCAAUUAACUUUCCAGUCAGUUAAAAAUAAAUGAAAAUACAGUGUUUUCCGUUAAAACACUGCGUAUGAACCUUUCUUUUUUUACUGGACGGGAAGGCUUCUGGAACGAUGCCCAUGAGAAGUAAUGGCGUCCUGAAAAACAAAGAAACAAACAAAAAACUAACAUUAACUAACAACCGAACAAACUAGCCUCUACUUUCUCCGUUGUUCUUUUGUCCCAAACUUUACAGCGUUGUUGUAUAUUUCACCUGAAUCUGUACUCGUUUCAGGAAUAUAUUGAUCUGGAAGCAUCACUUAUGACUCCAUUGGAACCAUCAACUCCAACAUCAUCAGAACCGCCUUCUACUCCGCGAAACUCAGUAGGAACUGAACAUGAAAUGGAGAGUGAUGAUAGGGACAAUGACAGCGUGUUCGUUGAUAAUACCAACGAUAUUUGGGAAGUCCGUAAUCUUUCGAGACACGCGAGGAAAUCGGAGGGUGGCCGGAACUCCAGAACGUCAUCACUUUUAAAUGGACAAACGGACAGAAAAUGCGCUCGACAUGUAUCGAACCCUGAGAUAGCUGACAAUAAAAAACCAACGCGUGUUACUGCUUUUCGUUCACCAAUACAAAGCGAUGUGUGAAUUUAAAGUAUAGCGAGGUGAUGUCGAAUAUCAUCUGAGCAGCUACGGGAAAUAUGGAGUGACUGAGGGAAUACUUUUGGAGUUGUUUUAGUCAUGUAAUCCGUGACUUCUUUGGCUGCCUCAUUGAUGCCGGCUUGACUUCGUUCAUCAUGGUGUAUUGCAAUGAGGAUUCCACCUGACAUCAAGUACUCUAUAAUACCCGUGAGCCAAAUAAACAAGAAGCCUUACAAUGCAACACCUAAAAUACCUUGGUGAGACCAACGAAAGACUGAAUAAUUCCCUCGGAAAAAAUCUUAUGUUUGAGUCUAGGCCAUAAAAUUUUAUUCUAGUUCUAAUUUUUGGCUUAAUUUUCAUUUUUCCCAGUCUUUAGCUGUUCUGCGUCAGUGAUAUUAACAUCGGAGAAGGCUGUCACCUAUUGAGUUGACUUGAACUGGAAACCACCCCCCAAAGUAUUAAAAAUAUAUUUGUAUAUAGAUAAAGAGGACUUUAAACAAAAAUAUUGGUUAUGGAAAGGAUAUAACUGAUUCAAUGAAGGUUGCUUAGGCAUUGGGCAAUUGCUUAUUAGGAAGCUAUUGUUUGGUGAUCACUCAAGCAAAUCAGUGCUUUGUUCCAUAUGCUCAAAUGCCCAAUUACCGAUGACCAAUUGUCAAAGCAACCUUUUUUGAUUUAGCAGUAUAUCCCAGAUAGGUUUAGGAGAAGAGUACAAAUAAAUUCGUAGUGACAAAGACACUGCUGGUGUUGUUUGGUUUGCUGCUUUUGAGUUAGUCUCCAAGAAACCACUUUCAACCGAAUGUAUUGAAAAAAAUCACUAUUAUGGGG